AUGAGCCAGGAAUACUACAAAGGCAAGGGGAAGUCGGGGGAGUCAUCAAAUUCGAGGAUUCCACACCCAGGUCGCCCGCAGUACAUGACGGUUGGAUCCGGAUCAACAUCAGAGAGCGCCUCCCGACUCCAAGCUCUCCUCAACGAUGAAGAUUCAGGAUAUGGCGGAAGUGUUGCAGAUGGCGGUUCAGGAUGGAAUCCAGCGAUGGCUGAAGACAGGCCUACGCCUUCCCAUUCUCCCUUACCAUUGUCGAUGCAAGACAGUGAGACUGCCGACAAUGACAGACGGAUGCUGGCAAAUUCCAUACACCAAUUACGUUACAACAAACACCGCGCAGAACUUGGAAGAUCGAUAAACACAGUGGUGGAGAUGUUGAAGUCCUUGCAGGAGAAGAAUGCCGAAUGGCCUGCUACAUAUCCAUCAGUUCAGCGUGCCGAGGCGAACACGCCACAGAGACAAGACCGACCAGGCUUGGUGCACACGCAGUCUAAUGCUAUCGGAGCUUCUGUUAUAUCUCCACCUCGACCUGGAGGAAUGCGGCGGGCUCAGACGUCGAUCGGUGAAGAUAGCACGGAUGCCGAAUCGAGUAGGGCAGGAGAACAAAGGACGACACCGGAACCUCGAUUGAUCACACCACAAAUUGCUCAAGAGUUUUCGAUAUUGAAAUUAGAUCUUAAGCUUGGUGCGCUACAUCAGACGGAGUUGGUGCAUUCUUUGGAGAAGAGCUCAAUAGCAUCACUUCUGGACGGCAAGAUCAGUACAAGCAUCAAGCAUUUAUUGUCACUCCGAGAACGAAUAGAGGAUACCUCGAGCAAGGUGCUGGUCACUGGAGAUUUGAACGCAGGAAAGUCGACAUUUUGUAAUGCCCUUUUACGGCGGAAAAUUUUACCCGAGGACCAACAACCAUGUACAAGCAUUUUCUGCGAAGUACUGGACUCGAGAGAAAAUGGAGGCGUGGAAGAAGUGCAUGCGGUUCAUAAGGAUACAACAUACAACAGACACGAUGAGAGCACAUAUGACGUGUAUUCCCUGGACGACUUGGAGAAGCUUGUGGCCGACAAUGAUACAUACACUCAGUGCAAGAUAUAUCUGAGAGACGCACGAUCAGUCGAGGAGUCUUUGCUCAACAACGGAAUCGUCGAUAUCUCGAUAAUUGAUGCGCCCGGUCUCAAUUCUGACACGACAAAAACAACAGCUGUGUUUGCCAGACAAGAAGAGAUCGACGUAGUUGUGUUUAUCGUCUCGGCAGCGAAUCACUUUACCCAGACGGCGAAAGAGUUCAUUUGGGCAGCAGCAGCAGAAAAGGCCUACAUUUUUAUUGUGGUCAAUGGCUACGACAAUAUCAAGGACAAAGAUCGGUGUCAGAAGAUGAUCCUAGAUCAAGUUCAUAACCUCAGCCCUCGGACGUUCAAGGAGUCCUCAGAGCUAGUUCACUUUGUAUCCAGUAACGCUAUUCCUACGGGCCCACCUGGACCCCCAGGAGGUAACGGAGGAGGUGGAAGCGGGAGUUCGAGCGGCGGUGGUGGAGGAGAUGAUCCUGACUUUGAUGAUUCAGAUCCGAAAGGGAAGGGCAAGGGCAAGGAGCAGAAGGAGAAAGUCCGAGAUUUCGAGACUCUAGAACAGUCUCUAAGACGGUUCGUCCUGGAAAAACGUGCCCGCUCCAAAUUGGCACCCGCCAAAACCUAUCUCCUCAACGUACUUAACGACGUCCAAACUCUAGCAACGGUCAACCAGGAGGUCGCUCAAUCAGAAUUAGACCGUGUAACGAAGGAGCUGCACGAUUUAGAACCCGUUCUCGAAGCUUCCAAGAAGGCAAAGGCGGAGGUCAGCGAUGACAUUGACAGAACGAUUGAGGCAUCGUGCAAAGAUAUUUAUGAUCACACUCGGAGAACUCUCACAUCAACGAUUGCCCAGGCCGCAGAAGAGGAUCUCGGUGUACCAUAUCCGGGCUUGUUCAACGCCUUCCAAUACGCGGAUGAAAUCAAGGAAGCUAUGCUUUCUCAGAUCGCAGCAUCUGUCACAACUUGCGAAGAACAUGCUCGACGCAAGACAGUUGAAGGUGUAAGCUCGAUCAAGCAACUCGGCUUAUUACAUCUUGGCGACGAGUACACAGACUUGAGCUUCAGAAGCGAUGUCAUGUUCCGUCGGAAACGAGAUAUUCUCGCCAAGCAGGUCGACAUCGAGACUGAACUAUGGGAUUUCUUCGAUUGGUCAACCCUUCUCCAAAGACAAGAGAAGAUGGCUGGAACAGGAAUGGCAUUGACUGUCGUGACCGCUGUCGGUGGACGUAUGGUUGGUGGCUUCGGUUGGGUAGAUGGGGCACUAGGAGCUGCAAAAGUAGUAGGAAAUAACAACCUCCGUCGCCUCAUCAUCCCCGGCACCGUUGCAGCUACCCUCGCAGCAGCCUACUACAUCCUCUCCCAAAUUCCCACCUCCCUCCCGCACCGCCUCUCCACCAAAAUCGCCACGCAACUCCAGCAAAUCGACUACGUCCACUCAAAUUCGGACCGCAUAUCCUCCUCCGUACGCAAAGUGCUCCGUUUCCCCGCCGACAACCUCCGCGUCGGCCUGCAACGCAGCGUCGAGAAACUCGGCUCGAAACGCGAGGAAACGCGGAAAAUCAGAGGCGAGAGCGAGGUCGCGCGCAAGUAUUUCGGCAAUUUGGUUAAUGAAAGUGGACGCGUUAAGCAUGGUGUUGAGGGCGUGGAUUUAGAGGGCCCGGCGCCGGGCGUGGCAGGUGCCUAUGAUCCCUGA